AUGGCUAGAAUUGCCAUUCUAGCCUUAACUGCAUCACUCAACUCCUUGAGGCCUCCAUCAUGUAAAAUCGGAUCAAGUUUGUGCAAAACUCCAUCGAAAAUACAGUUCGCGGUCUUAUAUACGAGUUUAGCACUGGCAUCCAUUGGACAGGGAUCAUACACUCUUUUAGCAACGGUGGGAGCCAACCAACUCGAUAAGCCUCAGCAACAAGGAGUUCUCUUAAACUGGUUCUACUUCACCAUAUGCACUUCCUUUGUGAUGGGUGCCACAGCCAUAGUCUAUAUAGAAGAAAACAUCAGUUGGAGAAUUGGGUUUUGUGUAUGCAUUGCUGCUAACUUCAUCGGCUUGGCCAUUUUUUUGUCGAGAUACCCUUUUUAUCGCCAUGACAAGCCACAAGGUAGCUCGUUUGUGGGCUUAGCUCGUGUAGUUGUUGCUACUAUCCGAAAACGGAAGCUCAUACUCUCAUCCAGAAGUGACGAUUAUUACCAACAUCAAAAUGCAAUCAUGAAUACGGUUACUACUGCAACUCCACAACAAGGCUUCAGGUUACUAAACCGCGCGGCACAAAAAGCCGAAGGAGACAUUGGAGCAGACGGGUCAAUUGCAAAACCAUGGAGACUAUGCACAGUUGAACAAGUAGAAGAUUGCAAAAGACUAAUCAGAAUUUUCCCACUAUGGUUAUCUAGUGUAAUUUUAAGCUCGGCAGUGGGAGUUCCCAACAGCUAGGUAAUUCUACAAGCCCUAACAAUGGAUCGUCAUUUUGGGCCACAUUUCAAACUCCCAGCUGGAUCUUUUCCAGUUGUUUACCUGCUCUCCUCUGCCAUUGGUGUAACCUUAAUUGAUCGCUUGUUUUUUCCAACCUGGAAGAAGCUGACUCGACGAUCGCCAACUCCACUUCAACGAAUAGGAGCAGGCCACGCUAUAAUUGUUGCCACGAUGAUUGUAGCAGCACUAGUGGAGUCCAAGAGGCUUGAAAUAAUCCAUACUCACCAUCUGCAAGACAAACCAGGUGGUUUAAUUGUGCCAAUGACGGCCGUGUGGCUAUUUCCACAACCUAUUUUGGAAGGCAUUGGAGAAGCAUUUCGUUCUCCAGGACAAAUUGCAUUCUAUUAUCAAGAAUUUCCUGCAUCUUUGCGGAGCACAGCGACAGCUAUGAUUGCUCUCAUCGCAGGAAUUAGUGUCUAUAUGAGAACAGCUUUUAUAGACCUAGUCCGGAAGGCUACGACUUGGCUACCAGAUGAUAUAAAUAAUGGGCGGCUAGAUUAUGUGUUUUGGACAUUUGUUGUUGUUGGUUUGCUAGUGUUUGGUUUUUUUCUAGCUUGCUCAAGGCUGUACACAUACCGGAGUGUUAAUAAGGGAGAAGAUACUAUAUCUGGCUAAUCUUAGAGGAACUGAGCCUUGAAGAAAAGAGGAUGAAAUAAA